UUUUUUAUUGAAUUGCAUUAUCGGACUCAGCUUCGGCUCGGGAGUCGGGUCAGUGUCCAUCAUCUGCAAGCCGAAAACCAAGAAAAGCUUCUCUUCAAUUAUUUUUCUUCCUCAACUCGCAGCCGUUUGAAGUAGAUCUUCAUCAGAUUCUGGAUAAUCUCAAUUCGCCCAAUUUAAUUUCCAAUUUCCGCAAGAUCUUCGUCCAGGAAGAAUCCAAUCUGUUGCUGAAGAGAAGGGAGGAUUGGUAAAGAGGUUGUUGUAUUACUUUGGUGGUCAAGAGGAUAAGGAAAGCUUUGCAGCACUCUCUCUUAGUUUCAAUAUAUUUUGAAGCUAAGACAUGGCAGAAAAAGCAUGUGUAAAGCGCCUUCAGAAGGAAUAUAGAGCACUUUGUAAAGAACCUGUUUCCCAUGUUGUGGCCCGCCCUUCUCCGAAUGAUAUCCUUGAGUGGCAUUAUGUUUUGGAGGGGAGUGAAGGAACGCCAUUUGCAGGUGGAUUUUAUUAUGGGAAGAUCAAGUUUCCUCCAGAAUAUCCAUUUAAACCUCCAGGGAUCAGUAUGACUACUCCAAACGGAAGAUUUAUGACGCAAAAGAAAAUCUGCUUAUCUAUGAGUGACUUCCAUCCAGAGAGCUGGAAUCCAAUGUGGUCUGUGUCAAGCAUACUAACAGGGCUGCUCUCAUUUAUGAUGGACAAUAGUCCUACCACAGGCAGUGUAUCAACAACAGUUGGUGAGAAGGAGAAGCUUGCAAAGGCAUCCUUGGCUUUUAAUUGUAAAAACCCAACCUUUAGGAAAUUGUUUCCCGAGUAUGUGGAGAAGUAUGAACAGCAGCAGCUUCCGUCGCAGCCUGUUCCAGAGCAGGUAUCAUCCAUGCCAGCUGGAGCAGAAAAGUCUAGACCCUUGUUGGAAGAGCAUGACAAUUCCACGAAGGAUGAAGUGAACAGAGUGAAGCCUCUAAAAGACGUCAAAAACCAACAGAGGAAAUCCGUCCCAACUUGGUUGUUGCUGUUGCUAGUUUCAAUUUUUGGUGUUGUAAUGGCCCUGCCUCUGCUUCAGCUUUGAUGACUGGAAUCUUGUUUUGUGCACUACGGUGAAGAACAGACCACCCCCAUAUCACAUGGAUACGUAGUCAUCCCCGCUCCUGGUUCCUGUUAUUUCACCAAAUAUUUUAGGUUUUUGAUUUACCUAGGGGGAAUGUAUAGGCAUGACUCUUAAGUGGAGAUCUAACUAAUCUCUUAAUCUAGCUAAUGGGCUUCUCUUUCCUAUUGUGCACGUCAGUGGAAAGAUAACAUAAUGUGCUUUUAUUGUGAAGGGCUCAGAGUUGCAGGAGCUAAUCCUUUCCUUCUGCUUUGUCUGUUUAUAGUUA